ACACAAUUGUUUUCAUUGGAACUCGACGUGAUCUUAUCCUGUUGUUAAUUGCUGUAUAUAAAAAGAAUGACUAAUUUGAUUAGCAUCAACGAGAGAGGCGGCAGACCGAAAUUGGUUGGGGGGCGCGUCACUCAUCUUGCAGUAGGCGUGUGCAAAAUAUGAGACUUGUGAGAGAAAUUCAGCUGAAAGAGGCGAAUUGAUGAGAUGUUGUGCGAUUAACGAACAGCAGCUUUCGUGGGCGACAAGACGUUUACGAGAAAUUGAGCUAUAUUGUUAAUAUUAUCCAAAAAUCGAUUUGUAAGACGGUGGAUUAUUGCAAAAUAUAAAGCACACCAUUUCUUCGUCACAAUUUAACAUUUAGUAAGCAUUGCGUUGAGAGAGAGAGAGAGAGAGAGAGAGAGAGAGAGAGAGAGAGAGAGAGAGAGAGAGAUUGCUUAAAUCUACAAAAUUGACCAGAUUAAGAGUGGACUGUCAGAGCUAUUACGGCACAGCUGUGGAAGUAGGAACAAUAAGAGCUGUGGUGUUGUUUUCACGACGUGCAGGGGCUCUUUAAACAAUUCAUAUUCUCCCGUUAAGAACUGCCCCUGGCUUAUUGAUGCACCCUUUCCAGUGGUGUAACGGAUGUUUCUGUGAUUUGGGGCUGAUUUACUCAAAUAGAUCGUGCACAAUGCCUCCAAUCACCUUCCAGGACCUGCCGUCGAACAUUUACAUGGUCAUCUUCGGGACAGGGAUCUUCAUCUUCGUGCUCAGUUUGAUCUUCUGCUGCUACUUCAUCAGGCAUCAGGCGCAAACUGAGAGAUUCGGAUACAAGGAGGUUGUAUUGAAAGGAGAUCCAAAGAAGUUAAACCUGCAUGGGCAAACCUGUGCUGUUUGCCUUGAAGAUUUCAAAGUGAAGGAUGAGCUGCUAGUGUUGUCAUGCCAGCAUGCCUUCCACAGGAAGUGUUUGCUGAAAUGGCUAGAAGUUCGCUGUGUCUGUCCAAUGUGCAACAAACCCAUAGCCGGAUCUACAGAGCCAAACCAUGGUGUUGGAACACUUCUAGAUGAACUGUUGUGAACGGAAAUUGAGAACAACACUAGACUAGACCACUUAUUUAAUUAAAAAAGAAGGUGCCAAUACUAGGCUGUACACAUUCCAGUGCAUGAAGAGAUGAUGGUGGUGAUGAUGAUGAUAGUGCUGUUGCUGUUGAUCUGGCCUUGGAUAUUGUUGAAGUCAAGUUGAAGCAAUUUAAUCUAUGGCACUGACGGAAGAUAUGAAAACAGUCAAAAGGAUGUUUUUUUAGUUGCAGCUGGCGCUAUCUUCAGUGAUGUUUUUACUGUACGUAGAGCGAGGACAACUUUUUGCUAAAUAAAAAUAGGUAAUACCCAAAUAGAAGCAUCCUACAUUUUAAAAUGAUAAAACCGGAAAUGUAUAAAUCAGUGUAUUUUUUGAAUAAGGGAUAUCUUUUUUUUGGUUUUAAUUCAAAGAAUUUCAAAUGUCAGUAUUUUCGUAAGUCAAUUGUCAGGCUUAUAGAAAUAUCAUUACUACAGCAUAUACACUAAUUUGUGCCUAGCAUAUGAUUUUCUAUAUCUAGUGGGAGUUUUCCUAUUGAGUCAACUGUCAAUAAGGUGUUAGCUCAGUUGAUCCCCUGAAUAAAUAGUGAGGGACCCCUCUGAGCUCCAGUAAGGCACAGUGAUGCAGAGUCUUUACAUUGUUUUGUUCUUAUGCCUCUGAGCUCCAGUAAGGCACAGUGAUGGCAGUCUUUACAUUGUUUUGUUCUUAUGCCUCUGAGCUCCAGUAAGGCACAGUGAUGGCAGAGUCUUUACAUUGUUUUGUUCUUAUGCCUCUGAGCUCCAGUAAGGCACAGUGAUAGCAGAGUCUUUACAUUGUUUUGUUUUUAUAAACUUGUUUUUUCAUGAACGUAAUUUCCCUGUAUUUUGGAUGUAUCUAGUAAUGUAACAAGUGAAUUGAUAAGGUGUGUGUGUGUGGUGGGGAGGGGGUUUAUUAUAGAGUUAAAGGGUGGCAGUGUUUAGAUCAUUAAAAUAGACCCCCUACAUUGUUUUUGUAAUUUUGGAGGAUUAAGCAUGUUGUAAAUACUUGUUAUAGAGCAACGUUUUGUAAUUUCCUAAUCCUGGGGGAGCCCAAAGCAGCUGUCUAAUUUACCAAUCUCUCCUGUUGGAGGUGUGGGUUAGCUACUCUCAUCACAUAUGAAAUCAGUCCAAAUCAUACAGAAUCACAUGCAGACAAGCCCAGUUCUUUUUCAUAGUGGUUAAGACGUUUGCUUGUGGUGACCACCGGUUCACACCCAGCCACCACCCAUUUAUUGUUAACUUUUUCUUAGUCGGUGGGAGCACAUAAACUUGGGGUUGCACUGAACAUUUCACUAGUCAAAUAGUUGAAUUGAAAAGUGAUAGUUACAUUUUAGCACAUUAAUAGUUUGUUUCUGUGGAGACUAGUCGACCUUAUUCACUGUGUUUACCUUAACUAUUCGACUGUCAAAUUAGUAGUCUUUCUGCACCUGAUAUUAAAAAGUACCAUAUGUAGGGAAGCAUUAACAUAAGUAAUCAAACAAAUGACACGGUAAUUAUUUGCUGUUGUUUCCAACACAUCUGUUUGUUUGUGUAAUUUUAGCGUCGUGUAUGGCAGUGGACUAGAGUGCUAGGCCCUUGAGGUUUUAAGGAGCAGGUGCUUCUGUCUGCAGACUCCCUGUUUCUUUAUUCAUUAAUGUGCUUUUCAGACAAGCUGUCAAACACAGUGCUCCUGUAGAGGUUAGGGUAAGAAGUCAAGAGUUUACUUCAGACUGGAGGCAUGUAUGCAUUAUAAAGAAUAUUAUUGUUCUGAAUCAGUGACACUACCUGCAGUAUUACAAAACGUUCUAAAUGUUAAGGGUGUUAAUAUUUGUAUGUACUGUAUUUAAUAACAUUGAUGGUAAAAGGACAGUGUUACAUAAAGUGCUGUUUUGAAUAUUCAGAGAUUUUGUACACAG